GCAUGAUGGGAUAUGAGAGUGGUGCGGCGGCGCGCUGCUGCCAUGUCUCCUAAAGAGAAACGUUUACUGCUGCUCGCCGCUUUAACCCUCUUCUUCCUCACUUUUUACUACGCGCCUUCGUUUCUUUACGCCACGUUGAUCCUCGCCGCGUGCUGCGCUGCGUGUUUCUACCACAGCAGAGAGCCUCUUCCCGCCAGGCUAGGCCAGAAGCCCCGGGCUGGGCUGAGCGUCCCCGCCGCGCUCCGCCGCUGGUUGUGGGGUUCCGGGGUGAGCGGUGCGCCAGUGGCCGCCGCGGGGAGGACGAAAAGUGGUGCCAACAGAGCCGAGCUCCGGGAGGCAGGAGGACUGUCCAGAAACAGGGGCGGAAUACAUCGGAGGGAAGUUCAGCCCGGCGGCUCUUUUUAUUUCAGCCCCCAGGAUUUCCUCAUGGGCAGUUACAUCGGGAAGCACGACAGUCCAACCGCCGAGACCGGGAGGCCGAGAGCGGUCCGAAACCCCCGAGAGCAGCUGCGGGAGAGGCUCUCCAGACCCAACCAUGCGGUGCCCACCCCCAUCAGGAGGCUCUCCUUCGCUGGGGAGCCUGUGGGCACAGUGGGACGCUUCACCAUCACCCCACAGCGUCACUACCCCCUGCAGCAGCCUGGGGUGUCGUCUGUGGGAGUUCUGCCUCCCGUCAAGUGGGACGGCUUCAGUAAGAAGAAUGUCCUCAGUCCUCGUAACUCCUCCGCGGCCCUCAGCCCGGUGACGGUGAAGAUUGCCAGGCCGGACCACAGCACUCCCAGCAUGGAGCAUCUGAGUUGCGCAGGUCUCUCGAGGCCCCCUGCUGAUCCCUGCUCCAGGGAAAGUGUCCUCAGGGUGUUGAGGGAAAGCCGCAAGAGAGACGUGGAAGAGGAGGACAGGAGCUUUGUGGCUGAUCAGAGAAGCAAGCGAAGGCGUAAUGACAGCGGGGGAAGCGCACACUCGGCGUUUGAGCCUCUGCUGCCCAAUGGGACUCCAUCACAGCUGGUUCCUAAGCCAGGAAGCUUGAAGAGAGGCUUGGCCUCCCUGGCGGAUGAGUCCAUCAUGAAGAGGUCUCGCACCUCCUCCAUCAGCUCUGGAAGUGGCGCCCACGCCCCCAGAGGGACACUGGGAUCCAGGAGGAACGCCAUCCAGAGCUCGUACAGCUCGUCUCUGGGCCUCGGCCAGUGGAAGAGGCCGUCGGCCCCCAGCUCGCCUCUGUCCAGCCCCGGUUCGUCUCGCUGUCAGACUCCGGAGGGAUCGUCCAAACGGCCCAGAGAGGACGACGGACAGUCUCCCAGCUCCGCAUCCUCAGUGAGAUCAGACCACACAGCCUCCGACAAGGCUCCUACUACUUCUAAGGUGACUCCAGCCCCCAGCGUCCCGGUCCUUACCUCCUCAGCCUCUGCUGGCAGUGGUGGGAAGAGAAAGAGGAAGAUCCCGUUGGUGUCCAGCCUCCGGGACGAUCAGAUCUCUCUGCCGCCGCCGCCUGAGCUGGGUUACACCAUCACCGUGAAAGAUCUGGACGAAGAGAAGAAGGCGGGCAUCAGUAAAAUCCAGAAGGUCCUGGAGACGCCGGCUCCAGAGCCAGAGAAGCCAGCUUCCCCUCCAGCCACCACAUCCACCCCGGCUGCUGCCUCCACCACGGCUGCUGCUGCCGCCGCCUCCUCCUCCUCCAUCACCCUGAGCAGCCUCCUCGCUGCUCCCCUUCCCACAAACUCAAGUUCCACCAUCCCAGUGAUCAACCUGGAUCCCAGCCCGGGCAGCAGCAGCUCCUCUGCAGCCGCCAACCCUCUGCUGGAGGCUCUGAAAAUGAAGAUCAUCCCUCCUGCGAGCUCCACCCCCUCCACCAGCACCACCGCAGUCUCUGCAUCGACGACACCCGCACCCCCCAGCAGCUCCGCCCUGAACCCGUCGACAGCGUCGGAGCCCCCCCAGCCUCCACCUGCAGGCGCGGAGAAGCCUUCGGCCUUUGCUCAGGUGCUGAGUCAGGCCUCUAAAGCCGCCGCCAGCAGCAGCAGCCCGGCAGCGGCCGGAGGAAGCCUGUUUGGAAUCACCCCUCAGAUCAGCGCCGCCGCCGCUUCUUCAGCCUCCAACCCCGUCACCGCCUCCGCCAGCGCCAGCAGCACCAACCCCCUGCUCCCCUCAGGCUUCAAGCCCAUCUUCUCCGUCAACACCACCUCGUCAUCUUCAGCUACGUCCACUUCAGAAAGCACGACCGCCGCUCCCACCUUCAAGCCCGUGUUCGGCGACGCCCCGGCGGCCGCCGCCUUCGGGCAGCCGUCGUCGAUCACGAGCACCGACGCCGCGACUACAGUCCCCUCGAGCACCGCGGCCUCCAUGUUCGGCGGGUCCACAAGCAGCAGCACCGCCGCGCCGUCUCCGUUCGCCGGGCUGACCAACCCCCUCGGCGCCACGCCCUCCGCGGCCUCCGCCGCCAUCACGCAGCCCACCGCCGCGCCUACUGUCAAGUCUCUCUUUGGAGCCUGGUCCGCGCCUUCCUCCACCAGCAGCAGCAGCGCAGCGUCGGUCCAGGCUCCAAACGCAGGGAGCACGUUCCAGUUUGGAGCUGCCUCCACCACCACCACCUCCUCAUUGGCUCCAGCCGCCGCCGCCCCCACCGCCGCUGCCGCCCCCGCCCCCGCUGCUGCCGCCGCCACGUCCUCCAGCCAGGCCCCCUUCACGUUCGGUGCCACACAGCCGGACCCUCAGGCCGCCGCUCAGAAGGUGUUUGCCUUCGGCCAGACGGCACCCGCCGCCAACACGACCACGGCUUCCUUUGGAGGCUUCGCCAUGGCCAGCUCCACCUCCACCGCCGCCGCCACCGCCACGCAGUCCACCAUCGCCUUUGGAAAGAUGCCGUUCGACGCUCCCGCCGCCUCGUCGACGUUCGGCUCAGCAGCAGCGCCGCAGAAACCCUUCACCUUUGGGAACAGCGGCGCGGCAUCCACGCCUGCGCCUAACCCCGCCCCCGGAGCCGCACCCACCCCGUUCACCUUUGGAUCGACCGCUGCCACCAUGGCGACCACGUUCGGGACGCCGGCCAAACCCACUUUCGGGGCCGCCUCCACCGGCUUCGCUUUUGGCGGCACCACGGCUCCCUCUGCCGCGCCCGCGGCGCCGCCCAGCUUCGGCGCGGCGACGCAGGCUCAGAGCGCCCCCUCCUCCACCUUCACGUUCGGCGGCGCCGCUCCCCAGCCGAACCCGGCCGGCCCGGCCCAGCCGGCCACCGCCGGCUUUAACUUCGGCGGCAGCGGCGGCAUGGCGGUCCCUCAGUUUGGAACGCCGGUUUCCAACAGUCCCGCUCCACAGAUGGGAAGCUUCAACUUCGGCGCCGCCGCUGCUGAUAAACCUGCUUUUGGGACGCCCACGCCGUCCUUCGGUCAGCCUGCUGCUUUGGGUCCAAGCCCCUUCGGGAGUCCUGGAACUCCAAUCCAAGGUUUCAGCGCCGGUCCCUUCGGGCCUCCAGCGACCCCCUCCUUCUCCAUCGGCGCCGGGUCGAAGUCGUCCGGCCGUUCUCGGCGAGGACAUCGGCUACUCAACAAGAAGAAGUAACCUGUCGUCGGCGCCAAAGCUAAUCUGGCCCAACACCCCCCCUCUCCCCCCCCCCCCCCCCCCCCCCCCCCCCCCCCCCCCCCCCUCCCCCCUCCCCCCUCCUUCCUGCAGCCGGGCCUCCGGCGCCGUGCCCUCAGCCGUCUCCCCCUGCUCCGGUGGGCCGAGCCGGCCCCGGAGCGCCGUAUCCGCAGAGGAGAUGGAAACGAGCCGACGCCUCCGGGACGACUUCCAAACCCGGCGAGGGGAAUGUAGCAGCGGCCACCAUGAACUGUACUUGAAAAAGAGACAAGUGUUCGGUCCUGAACAGAAGCAUAUCCAAAGUCCUUUGUCCUCCCGCCCCUCCCACACACACACUCACACUCUCUCGGCUCGUCUUAAGGAGAACGCCGAGUCGGACAAGAGACGCGGAGCCUCAGCCUCAAACGUUUAUUUUUCUACGUGAAGCGCUCGCCGGUUUGUUCGUCGAGCGCUCUCUCGGAAUGCGUGCGAGCGCAGUGGAGUCCUCAGCCGCUCGGAAGGACACAGGCUGCGGCGUGAAAGUUGCAAGACGUUUGCGUUUAAAUUAUUUUUGUAAGCGGCUCUCAGACCCUGAACAUGAACCACGUGCUUCUGCACUUGAAGGGCAACUCAGUAAAAUGUCUUAAUGUAGUGUGUGUGCAGAUCCUUGUUUUAUUGUUUCAUACUGUGUCAUUGCAAGCAUUCCCUGAGUCCUCCUGUGGAUGGCCUUUUUGCUUUUAUUUUAUUUUUUUUUAUUUUUUUUUUGUCAACUCUGAUGUGACCAGCUGAGAUGAGGACGACUACUCUGACAAACCAAAGCCAACCCUUCAACAACAUGCCUGUGAAAUGAAUCUCAUGUUUUCUCGUAAUCUUUCAAAUCCUGACGUGUGUGUGUGUGCGCGUGCGCGCGCGCCAGACUACCUCCUCUCUUUACUUCCAGGCACUGAGAAUCCGACAUCUUACUGGAGCUCCUUUCAGCUGGUGGCAACACUGACCCGUGUGCGCACGGUGAGUUUAGUACGCGCACAGCACACCUCCCUCGUUCAGAUCCGUCACUGCUGCAGUAGACCGGGCCACAAGGCAAAAGUAUCAGACUCUCACACUUCAACCCUUCAUGUGCUGCCUGGAGAAAUUUCACGGCAAAGAAGGGAUUCCGUUUGCUUUAAUGUCUUUUACUUGCACCCUGAUUUGAGCCUUUUUUCUUUUUUUUGUGUUGUCAACACAACAAUAAAUCAUCUUUAGGCUGUUUUAUUAUAACUGGU